AUGGAGGAAUCGAAGUUUGGUCAUUCGUUCAGAGCAAGCUGGAAUAGACCUGCCGUGGGCUUCAGAUCGAGCUCAGAAAGCUUGCGGGAGAUGCGCUGGAGCCGAGCUAUCACCUGGUCUUGGGCGGUUGUCGACGAUGCAAUCCUCUAUCAUAGGCUCCAUCCGGAAGAUGUCAGCCAACUAGCAAAAAUCACGCACGUGGGGGCCGCGCCUCUGACCGCCAUGGUGCCGUUCGGAGAAGUCCAAGGAGGUAGGCUUGAGAUCACGGCGCCGAGCUUACUCCUGACGCUUAUAGAAAACCAAGAUCCGGAGGGACUUUCGCGGCACUUCACGCAGGAGUUCGACUUUCAAAAAACCCGAGAGCGAAAGGGGAAUGCUGCUCGACGCCCUGACGUCUUCUCCGAGGCGCGUUCCACGCGCCCCUGA